AUGGAAAGAGCAGAGAAAGAAGAGGCAGAUAUAAACAAUCUGGAAAGAUUACCAGAAGGAUGUAUAUCUGACAUCCUAUCUCUGACAACACCUGCAGAUGUGUGCAGGUCUAGUCUAGUCUCAACUCUUUUUAAAUCUGCUGCUGAUUCAGAUGCUCUCUGGGAGAAAUUUCUACCGGCCGAUUAUCAAGAGAUUAUUUCUAGAGCAUUACAUCCUUUUUCAUCAGCUGCAGUACCUAAGAAAGACUUAUAUUAUCGGCUAUGCGAUGAGCCGCUUCUCAUUGAUGAUGGUUUUAAGAGCUUUCAGUUGGAAAAAUCUAGUGGAAAGAAAUGUAUCAUGAUCGGAGCAAAGGAGGUUGACAAUCCUUCUUGGCAUUGGCUAGCUCACCCUGGCUCCAGGUUUCCUACGGUGGUUGUACUUCAGCGUGUAUCCCGGUUUGAAAUCUGUGGGAAGCUUGAUGCCAGAUUGUUAUCACCAAAGACCUUGUAUGCAGCUUACCUCGAGGAGAGACAUCUCUACUUGAUUCUAGACGGUGGCGGGGGUCAACACUUUGCACAGGAGAGAGGAGAUGGCUGGAUGGAGGUUGAGAUGGGUUAUUUCUAUUACGAAGGACUAGAAGACAACGAGGAUGGGCAGGUGCAUAUGUCUGUGCUUGAGACUGAGGGCUUAAUUGCCAGGUGCGGCCUUAUUGUCCAAGGGAUAGAAGUUAGACCCAAGGUGGACACACAAAUCCUACUGUAA